AUGGGUGAACAAGAUGUCUCCCUCGAAUCGGCCAGCGAUCAUCAUAGCGAGAGGCGCGAUUACCCAGUGAAAUGGUACCGCUCAACGUUUUUCAACAUAACUAUCUUGGGACUAUGUAACUUCAGCGCUCCUGGAAUCUGGGGCGCGAUGAACUCCCUUGGAGCCGGAGGAGCGCAGUCACCGACUCUGGUCAAUGCCGGCAACGCGCUCACCUUCUGCUUAAUGGUUGUCAGUUGCUACUUCAGUAGUGUAAUGGUGCAUUACAUCGGUAUCAAGGGCGCACUCAUUUUUGGAACUCUUGGAUAUGCUCCGUAUGCAGCAGCCCUGUACACAAACAACCGCUUCGGCACCGAGUGGUUCGUAUACCUUGGUUCCUCCCUCUGCGGCAUCUCAGCUGGCGUGUUCUGGAUGGCCGAAGCAGCCAUUGCGAUCGCCUAUCCCGAACCAUGGAACAAAGGCAAAGCCCUGGGUUACUGGCUUACAUACCGCCUCGCUGGUCAAAUUCUCGGCGGUGCGAUCAAUCUGGGGCUGAAUGUGAAGCGUGACAAAGCCGGAAAAGUCACCUAUACGGUGUACUUGGUCUUCAUCGCGCUACAGUGUGCAGGGCCAGUAGUGAGUUUGUUUUUGAAUAAACCAAACAAGGUGCAAAGGAAGGACGGAAAGAAAGUGGAGCUCGCGAUUUUGGAGAACCCGUGGUUUGAAAUCAAGCAGACUACGAAGCUGUUCUUCACUAAGAGAUUCCUACUCAUCGUACUUUGGAUUGGACAGGCGGUUUUCUCAGAGGCUGUGUACAACACCUAUCUUGCCCUAUGGUUCUCCGUCCGCGCUCGUGCCCUUGGUUCCUUCCUUUCUGGAAUCAUCGCUGUAACUUGCGGCAAUCUUCUAGGCGCCUAUCUUGACCGAACCAGCAUUGCGUUACAUGUUCGCGCCCGCACCGCAUUCGGUGCCAUCGCCGUCCUUCAAGGCGCCUGGUGGCUCUGGGCUACCGUCCUAGUCAGCGAGUUCCGGCAUACUGACCCGACCUACGACUGGGCAACACCAGGUUUUGGUCGAGCUUUCGGCGUCUUCGUCUUCCUGACAGUAGGCUUCCAGCUCAACUACCUCUUUCUAUACUUCAUUAUCAGCAAUAUUGCGACCAGUGAGCCUGAAGUCAUUCGUUACGCAGCGCUGCUGAGAGGCACGGAAUCUGCAUGGCAGGCAAUCAGCUAUGGCAUUACGUCUGUCACGGUGUUCGCCGAGGUUGGCGCUGUGUAUUGGAACUUCGCGCUAUGGGCUGUCGCUAUUUUCCCAGCGUGGUUGGUAGUCAAGGAAUUCGGUGGAAAUAGGAAAGCAGCUAUCGAACAAACUGAUAGCGGCAUUGUUACUCCGCCGAUCAAGGUCGAUGUUGACAGCAGAGAAAGCAAGGCUGUCGUCGGUUAA